AUGCGCUCGAUUAUCUCACUUUUCGUGGCGGUCUUCCUGGCCACCGCAGUCCAAUGCUCCGCCGAGAGAGGGCAAGACCAUGGCGUGCUCGCCCCGUUCUAUCAUAAACUGAGUUGUUCGCCUGGCAAGGCCGGCGACUGUGCCAGUUGUGGCGCCGAUUAUGUCCAAUGUGGUUCUGACGAUUGUUACAAUCCCAAAGCUGGUGAGACCUGCUGUCAAAGUCAAUAUGCGUGUCCCGCGCAAUUCAACUGCUCUUCCACUGGUUCACACUGUGUAACGAACAAUGCGACUGGUGGUCCAGGCUGCGAUGAUGGUGAUGAUGACGACGACAACUACAGUAGCACCUCCGCUGCUGUCGUGUCGACUACUUCUUCCACCUCUGCAUCGACCACCACCGGUCCUCCGGUCUCCGUUGUGACGUCUACUUCGGAUUCUAACUCCACAACUUUCACGACGACCAUCACCUCGACCACGACCAACACUGUGACUGUCAGCGCUACCUUGCCUGCUUGCGGCCUGAGUGAUGCCACCACAGGCCUUCCUAUGACGAGUUCCACUGCCACUUAUGGCAAUUUCACCACGGUGGCAUUGAACACGACCACGUCCACAAUUUCAGUUACGAAUGUCACGGUACAUCCCACCACGCACCCGGCGUCUCUCAAUGCUACCAAGCCAACCUCUAGUAUCAGCCCUCCAAUUAGUAGCUACAAGGGCGCUGCUUCUGGUCUUCAAGGUCAAGCAUCAACGUCUUUAUUUGCUCUGGCAUGUUCAAUUUAUGUGGCUGCGUUGUUGAUAUGA